GGCGUGGCGGCCAUUUUGUUUUGGACACCGAGCGGGAGUUGGCGGCAGCGGCUGUGGUUGCUCAGACGAAAGGCAGGAAAGGGCAGGCCGGGCGAGCAGGCGGACCGACCUACCGACCGGACAGACAGCCAACAACGGCGAACUAACCUAGAUAGUCUACCACUUACACACGUAGCCGGCCGCCCAAGUUAACCCGACCCCCUCCACCGUGAACUCAGGUUCGGCCGGCCCCCGGCCCGUCUGCCACAGCCGUGGUGGCAGCCCCGGCAGGAGCACUGGCGUCCGUUUCCUUUGGUGGGUGUGUGCGAUUCUCGGGAUUUGAAGAUGGCUGCACAGUCAACACCGAAAGUUGUGCUAAAAAGCACCACCAAGAUGUCUCUAAAUGAGCGCUUUACUAAUAUGCUGAAGAACAAACAGCCGAUGCCAGUGAAUAUUCGGGCCUCGAUGCAACAGCAGCAGCUAGCCAGUGCCAGAAACAGAAGACUGGCCCAGCAGAUGGAGAACAGACCCUCUGUCCAGGCAGCAUUAAAGCUCAAGCAGACCUUAUAUGCAAGUCCGGACAGUGGCUGUGGAAGGAUAUGUCCAAGCUGUGGCUGGGCGUCUGGAGGGCGGUGCUAUGCAACUAAGAGCUUAAAGCAGCGCCUGGGUAAGAGUAACAUCCAGGCACGGUUAGGCCGACCCAUAGGGACCCUGGCCAGGGGAGCAAUCGGAGGACGAGGCCUGCCCAUAAUCCAGAGAGGCUUGCCCAGAGGAGGACUACGUGGGGGACGUGCCACAAGAACCCUGCUUAGGGGUGGGAUGUCGCUCCGAGGUCAAAACCUGCUCCGAGGUGGACGAGCCGUAGCUCCCCGAAUGGGCUUAAGAAGAGGUGGUGUUCGAGGUCGUGGAGGUCCUGGGAGAGGGGGCCUAGGGCGUGGAGCUAUGGGUCGUGGCGGAAUCGGUGGUAGAGGUCGGGGUAUGAUAGGUCGGGGAAGAGGGGGCUUCGGAGGCCGAGGCCGUGGACGAGGGAGAGGGAGAGGCGCCCUUACUCGCCCCGUGCUGACCAAGGAACAGCUGGACAACCAGUUGGAUGCAUACAUGUCAAAAACAAAAGGACACCUGGAUGCUGAGUUGGAUGCCUACAUGGCACAGACAGAUCCCGAAACCAAUGACUGAAACCUGCCCGCCUUCCUGUGAGAGAGUCUUGUUAAAAGUCCCCACAUCUGUACAUAACCUCGAGAUAACACCUGAGCAGAAACCUGAGGGAUGCUGGAAGGACCUGUCACAAUAGGCUGUGGACUGACUUGCCACCAGUUGUGUAUUUAGUGUGUUCCGUUUUCUUUUUUGAUACUCUGUUGUGUUAAAGCCCUUUUUUCCCUCUGACUUGGGUUUUGUUUUGUUUGGAUUUUUUCGCAUUGCCCAGACUUAUCUUAGAAUGUGAAAUGGGCUGGCCUUGUGGCUAGGACACCCUCUUCUCACCUCUGCCUCCCUUCACCUAUCAUGCUCUGACAUUCUAACAUUGCCUCUGUUGAUCUCUGUAUCCCAAUGAAAAAGUCUCAGAAAGCCCAUUGAUGUUCGUCCCUAAGGCCUGGGUGUCUGAUGUACAGUUCUGUUCUGCGUUAUCUUAAACAGCCUCUUAGAAGUAUUUAGAAAAUCUGGAGCUCAAAAGUGCAUUCUGCCACAUUGAUACUUUAGUGUAGUAAAUUAGGAACACUGACAUGCUACAGGGCCACAUCCCAGGACACACGUGGUAGCAGCUCUGGUGUGAGUAGCUAAUUGACGUUAACUACCACGUACAUCGGCACCACAGAACCAGUGCUGAGUAGGGUGUGUGCACUUCCUACCCUGGGAUGAGGUGCAUAAACUUCCCUCUUGGCUUUGCGUCAUGUCCAGAAGGGUACUGUUGAUAGGCUUACACCUGCAAGAGAGGAAACAGCCAUUUGGUUUGGCCAAUGCUUCAGAAGGGAGAGGGGUAUGUGGGGGGGCGGUGACAAAUACCUGCUGGGAGGGCUCAGGAGAUAACCAUGCUGAAAUGCUGUUAUUAUUCUGUUUAUCCCAAACCAAUCUUGGGCUUCAUUCUUUGGCUUUGUUUGACCUCUUUUAUUUCCCUUGAACGUUUAAUUAAAUUCAACCAUAUUCUGUCA